AUGGCAAAGACACCUUCAAAGAAAGCAGCAAAGACAGUUGCCAAGACUGGCAAAGGCAAGGGCCGCGGCAAGAAACGUGUGGAAUCGUACUCGACUUACAUCUACAAAGUUUUGCGUCAGGUGCACCCGGACACGGGCAUUAGCAAACGUGGCAUGUCGAUCAUGAACUCUUUUAUCAAUGAUGUCUUUGAACGUAUCGCUUCGGAAGCUGGUAAAUUGUCACGUUACAACAAGAAGUCGACGCUAUCCAGCCGUGAAAUCCAGACAGCAGUGCGUCUUAUGUUACCGGGUGAGCUGGCCAAGCACGCUGUGUCGGAGGGUACAAAGGCCGUGACCAAGUUUACGUCGGCUUAA